AUGAAGUCGGGAUUGGUGACAAACGCCGGUCUUGGUACGGCAAUAUGUAUUAUCUUGAUUACAUGCCUUGCUGGUGCACUGGCACAGGGAAAUAAUAGCUCGAGUGGACCGGUUGUUCUUACUGUUGCAAGAGAGGGCGGGAAUAAGUCGAGUCCGCUGCUCUACGGAAUUAUGUUUGAAGAGAUGGAUCAUUCUGGCGACGGGGGUAUACAUUCGCAAUUGCUCCAAAACAACGGUUUUCAAGGGACCUCCCUAGGUCUGGCAGCCUACAUGCCCGUGGGAAAUGCCUCUAUCUCCCAAGAUAACUCGAAACCUGUCAGCAAAGCAAUUACGUCCUCGCUCAAGGUUGAAGUACCAGAUGGAGUCACGGACUACGUUGGAUUCAAAAACACUGGCUAUAGUGGUAUCACUGUUCUAACAGCAACCUACAAGACGAGCUUUUGGGUGAUGGGAAAAUACUUGGGAACGGUCAACAUUCAGCUGGUUGGCUCGCAAGGAAAAGUCUACGCCGAUCACAACAUGACUGUAAAGAGUACAGACUCAAAGUUUACGGAAUUUGAAACAUCCUUCAACGCCACUCACUCUCCAGAUGGAGACAAUGAAUGGCGUCUGACUUUUGAUGGCUCGAAAGUGGGUGGGAGCUCGCUUAACUUCGGAUACAUUCGACUAUCUCCCCCGACAUUCAAAGAUAGAGAGAAUGGUCUGCGAGACGAUGUCGCCUCAUUCUUGGAUGAGGUUAAUCCUGCAUUUCUUCGAUUCCCAGGCGGGAAUAACAUUGAAGGUUUGCAGGUUGAUUCUCGAUGGAAGUGGAACACCACAAUCGGGCCUGUGGUCGAUCGUCCCGGUAGAGAAAGUGACUGGGCUUAUCCCAACACCGACGCACUUGGACUAGAUGAAUACCUCUGGUGGUGUGAGGACAUGAACAUGGCACCACUAUUGAGUCUCUGGGCAGGCAAGUCAUACGGGGAUAUCAUCUCGGGACCCGAUCUUGAACCCUUCGUGGACGAUAUCAUGAACGAGAUGGAAUAUCUGUUUGGAGACUCUUCUACUCACUACGGCAAGAUGCGAAUCCAGAACGGCCGGAAGGAUCCAUGGAAGGUUGAGUAUGUUGAAAUUGGAAACGAAGACGAUCUCACUGGUGGCUGUAAGAGCUACCCAGAUCGUUUCAAUCAGAUCUAUAAAGCCAUCCACGACAAGUACCCGGAUGUCAAACUCAUUGCAUCUAAUGGGGACUUAUCCUGCUUGCCCUCACCACUUCCAAAGGAUGUUAUGAUUGAUUUACAUCUGUACCGAAAGCCAGACGAAUUUGUGAAGUUGUUCAACCAGUUUGAUAACCAGCCGCGGGAUCAGCCUGUGAUGAUUGGUGAAUAUGCGGCUCGGAACACGACAAGUCCCGAGGGAGUUUACUGGUCAUAUAUGCAGGGAAGCUGCAGCGAGGCUGUAUAUAUGAUGGGUAUGGAGCGUAACAGCGAUAUUGUGAAGAUGGCAGCCUACGCACCAUUGCUGGAGCACUUUGACUACAUAUCUUGGUCGCCAACCCUGUACGGUUUUAAUGCGACCCCCGGCAGCAUUACUCCGUCCACUUCAUAUUUCGUCCAGAAGCUUUUCGCUUCUAACAAGGGUGACACGAUUGUCCCAGUCGAUUCGACGGCAGAUUUCGGACCAGUCUACUGGGUUGCUUCUAGAACAGGCUCGAAAGCCUAUCUGAAGCUGGCAAAUUAUGGAAAGGAUCAGCAGACUGUACAAGUCAGAAUCCCAGGUACGAAGACUGGAAAGCUGGAAAUGCUCUCUAGUCCUAAGUAUCAUGGCAACACGCCUUUCAAUGUGCAAGCCCAGACUGUUACCACGAGUGUUUUCAGUCCAUCAGGCCAUUAUUCCAUCAAUAUGGACCCUUGGGCAGUCGCCGCUUUGAUAGUUUCAUGA